GUAUUUUGUCUAUGAUCACAUAUUUGCAGAAAAGAUUAUAUCAAUGGACAGUCAACUAAGCCCCGUAGAAGAGGAAAACCAGAAUUUGAAGAAGGCGGUGAAUCUCUUGCAAACCCAGCUCAACGUGGAGAAAGAGAAGCGGUUGUCUAUGGAGGAAGAGUAUAGUUUUCUGCUGAAGGAAAACACAGGUCUGGAGCAACAGCUGGUGGACAUCCACCUGUACCAGGCGAGAGCCGAGGAACUGGAGACCGAAGUGGCCGAAAUGAAGCAGCUCUUUAAUUCUGGAAGCCCCUGUCGGAACAGGAUGGAGCAACUGCCCCCAGAAUCUUUUUUCAUCUCCCUCAAGGGCCCCUUAGAGAAAGAACUCAGCCACGGUCCUUGGGAUGGGAUGUCCUUCAUCUUUCCUGAGCUGGAGAAGAGGUCCCUCAAAAGAAGCAGCAGCGAGAGCUUGCUCGGCGGCGCGGCGGGCGAUGACCUCUUCAAAGGCCACGAAGAGACCUGCAUCAGGAGGGCGGAGGCCGUCAAGCAACGGGGCGUGUCCCUCCUCAACGAGGUGGACGCCCAAUACAACGCCUUGAAGGUCAAGUACGAGGAACUUCUGCAGAAGUGUCAAACGGACAAAGAAUUGCGGGACCACAAGGCUGUGCAGACCUCAAAACAGCGCUCCAAAGAUGUCCAUGGUGGGAGCUUGGUAUCCCUGGACAGGGGUCUUAGGGAGCCCAGUUCCCCGACUGCUGAUUCAGCCAACUUCUCUUCCAACGUUUUCCCCGAAUAUAAACUCCUCUUUAAGGAAAUCUUUAGCCGUAUCGAAGAAACUAAAAAGGACAUUGACGAACAUCGGGCAAAAUAUAAGUCUCUCUCUUCUCAAUGUCCUUAAAAAAAAAGAUAUGGCGGGGAUCAAAAGAUAAUUAUUGUUGUUUUUUUUCCACGAUGUCAUCCUUUUAAUGUUUCUUAGGGAACAAGAUGUAAGCUCAGGAUUGGCAGAUUUCCUGUAAAAAAUGGGUUGGAUUCGUUUGGUUAGUUCUACCGAGUUGGAAUCCGGUUGGAUUCCAUCUCGCCCUGAACCAAGUUCCCUCGGGAAGGUGAGUCUCUUGACCACCAGUUUGCAAAUUAAUUUUGUUACGCAACUCAACAAUUCUAGUUCUGCUGGGAAGAAAACCCACCGUGUUGUCGAAACAAGAGCCACAUAGGUUAUAUUACGCACAAUGACAACUUUUUUGGACUUAGGACACUUCCUGGGGUUGAAAAGCAAAAUAGAGAUGAUUUUUGUUAGUGUGCCAUUGUCCUAUACAACUGCAAGCAAGCUGUUAAAGCAUUGUGCAUGUUCCUUAAUUGAGGAAAUUUUACAGAUCUGUCACUGUUCAAUAUGCUGGGAUGCCAUUCUUAUUUUAAAAUCCAUAUAUAUAUAUAGGAGUGCAUAAUUUGGCUACUAAAACUCCUGGUGCGUCAAUCUUCCGCUGCAUUAGAAGGCUGAAUAUUACAAAACAGUCUCCAUAUAAAAAGCAAACUGAUUAGCAUAGAGCAAAAUUUAAAAAAAAAAACAAUUUCACUUUA